AUGGCGACGGAGCAGGCGGCAAUCCGCGCGGCUGUGGCGCCUGCGCUCCGCCUCCUCGGGGUUCUCUUCCUGCUCUCCGGUGCUUGGUCCACGUCCGCUGCCUCCCCGGGCGCCCCGGUGUGCGCGGGCUCACGGGAGCUGGUGGUGCUUGGAGAGGCGCUGGGAUUCUGCGGCGGUGACGGCGGCGUGAGCUGCUGCGACGCCGCCGACGACGCGGGGCUCAGGGCGGAGCUCGAGGGCAUGCGCAUCUCCGACGCCACGUGCGCCGCCAUCGUCAAGGCCUUCCUCUGCACGAGAUGUGUGCCAUCCCUCUCGGCCAUGCUGUUCAACUCGGCUGACUCCUCGACGACCAUGAAGCUCGCGGCUCCUCUCCUCUGCGAGUCUAUUCAGUCGUCGAUCUCUGCCCAGCGCCAGCCCCAGUCCCCUACUACCCGGCUGCCAUGGCAGCAGGACACGUUGUGCCUGGAGCGAAUCAGCGCAGGAUCCUACGUCACCAUGGCCGCUCACCCAGACGGCUCAGGCCGAGUCUUCUUGUCCAGCCGAGAAGGAAAGAUCUGGCUGGCCUCAAUGCCUGAACAGGGUUCUGGAGGCGCCCUGCGUGCUGACAGUCCUUUCCUCGACAUCACGGAUCGAGUGCACCAUGAUGCGGUGCUCGGACUGGUGGGCGUGGCGUUUCACCCAGGUUUCACCACCAAUGGGCGCUUUUUCGUCUCCUACAACUGUGACAGCAGCACCUCGCCGGUCUGUGGUGACGGCAGGUGCUGGGGUUCUGCUGCCGGAAAUGGCUCCCGUUUGUGCAGAUAUCAGCUGGUCGUCUCUGAGUUCUCUGCUAAAGGUGGCACUGACUAUUCCAAGGCAACUCACGCUUAUCCAUCUGAAGUGAAGAGGAUCUUCACCCUGGGUUUGCCCCACCCACCCACAUCAUAUUCCUACCAGCAUCAUGGCGGACAGAUCCUGUUCCAGCCAAGUGACAGUGACGGAUACCUCUACCUCAUCACUGGAAAUGGCGAUCUCUCAAAGAACGGGAGGUCAUUUUUUGGUAAAAUCAUAAGGUUCUACGUCGGCGGUAUGCCAGGAGAAAACAGAUGGACAAGCAAUCGUGCCACUCCAAAGAUGGACAAGCCGGAGAUCUUUGCCACGGGUCUGAACAACCCAAGCGGAUGCAGUUUUGACUCCAACAGGCCUUCCUAUUUGUACUGUGCGGACGUCAAUGAGAAACGGUACGAGCUAGUGUAUCUUAUCACGAGUGGUAGAAACUACAGUGGCUCCUCAAAGGUGACUGUCUCCAACAUCAUCAACCAUGGCCGUCCUGCUGAUGGCAGGAUGCCAUCAAUCGUUGGUGGUCUCGUGUACAGAGGGUCUGCAGAUCCCUUGCUGAAAGGAAGGUAUCUGUACAUUUAUGCCUCCAGUGUGUGGGCCGGCGUGGAUGCCCUUGACAGCAGGAGCAACGGGCGCCGCGCCUCUGCUCAGGUUCCCAUCGUGAGGUGCUCCAGGAGCAGCCCUCUGCCCUGCAACGGCAUCGGCAUCGGCAUCACUGGGCGUGUGCUGUCCUUGGGCGAGGACAGCAGCAAAGACGCCUUCGUCCUCGCCGCCGGAGGCGUGUUCCGACUUGUUCCACCCAGCCUAUGCGGCAUUACUCGGCCGCUGCAGCCUGCACGUGGUGCAGGCUGGGUGCUGUCCAUGGUGGGAUUUGCGCUGUUGUUUGCGCUCUACCUGGUCUGGACGACAAUAUUUGGCGGCGGCGGACAGAUUAGGAGAAGCUGUAACGAGUGCUUCCGCGAGAUCAGUUGCUGCAACUUUUAUUUCUGGGGAACCCUCAAGAGAUCAGCUCGCAAGAGAAAGAGGGCGAGGUGGGCAAUGAACAACUGA